GUAUUUAAUAAUUCAUUCCUUUAGUCAUUAUGUAUGUAGCUUAUUCUAAUUCUAUCAUUUAAUUAAAAACAUUGUAUCCAUAUUAGCGGAAGCAUCUAGUGAAUUUAUAGGCCUGCUACAGUAAAGCUAAUAUAAAAAUGAAUCUGUACCUAAAUGUAUCCGGUGUGAAGGAAUCUUCCGGUGGCUUCACGUCCGUCCAAAUGAACGGAUAGAAUAACGGCGAGUGAACGGGGCGGUGCUGAUGAUGCUGAUGAAGACCGUGCACACUCGACACCCGGUGAAGGACAGAUCAGAGGCACCGUGUAGUCUUCUGCGUCAUCUGGAUACACACUAAUCUAGUUUCCUAGCUUUGUUAUCAUUCUCUAUCUACGUCCAAUGAACAUCAGCACAGCGACAUCUUACAGAGUCACAGUCGCAUCUGUGGUAGACGGAAGCUUCUGUUGGUGCACUCUAUGUAAUUUCUCUUAUUUACUCAAACAGAAGCUCUGGGCUGCGUUGCGAUAAAAGGUAGGCUGACUGCUGAGAUUUUAACAUCUGUGCACGGUUAUCUAAAAAUGCAUUUUUACUGAUAAAAGAGCAGAGGAAUGCGGAGCUGUUUAUUAUCUACAGCUUACGAUAAUGUGCUUCUAUACAUAACACUUGCAUUUCAAUAUUCAGGCUACUCCAGCUGUGUAGAGCGCUGUAGAGAAAUCAUGGACAGCUACGAGAAUUUCUGCGCGCGCAUUCUGUGUGAGCUGCUGGCGGAAAUGAUGCGAGAGAAGAGCUGCAGUACCGCACCUGCUCGAGGGGUGGCGCACUCGCUCGUCUGCUUUCAUGGCAGGCCGCUUUUGUCUCCAGUUCUAAGUGAGAAACAAAGAAGGGAGAUGGCUGAAUACAGGAAAAGAGCUUCACAAAUGGAGGUAGAGAGACAGAUUCAAUUCAAAAACCUCCUCAAUCAGAUUCAGACCAUUCUUUGGACCAAUAAGCCUCCAAAAACAUUGGACAUGCCAAAGUUUUCAGAGCAGUGCCUGACUCCAUCUCCAAAAACAGACAACAGGAAUGGUUUUACAGCACUAGAUAAUGCAAAUCUUACAGCUACUGGGGCCACAGAGCCGUACAUCUUCUCUAGUCAGAAACCAGUGACCCCUUCAGCUGUUAAGAGAGAGAAAUCUGCGGAAGAAAACCAAAUGCAAGAGGAAACUGAAGCUGAAGGAGUUUGUCUGCAGAACCUGCUGAAGAAAUCACGUGAAUUCAUCGAAAAAGAGCAAGGUAAACAGGGGUCAAAGGUCAACAAAACAGUUGAUCCACUCUCUGAAAGCCCGUCGGAUAAAGAACACGGCUGUUCUUUGGAUGGGACUGCAUCUGGUUUACCCUUUUAUAUUUCCUCAUCAAACCAAACCUCUCCCAGUAACCUGAUAGACCCAGAACCCCACCGCGGACGUCCUCGUACCAUUUCUGCUGGCAGUGUCUUCUUUUCGUUCCCUGAAAACCCCAACCAACUGAACAUUACAGCACAUGCAAGGCCACAGGAAGUAAAAACAAUCGCGAUGCAGGAAAGGAAGCUACUCGGAGUGGAAAAUGUGAGUAAGGGUCGAUAUGAUGAUCACUCUGGGUUGAACGAGACCGUGGGACGAUUAGAAACAUCUCCAGUGGAUCCUGAACUCACAAGCCCUCUGUUUCGAAGGAGAUGCCACACGCUGGAUAGCCAUCUGUCCUCAAACCAUCAGAGGCCCGUCAUAGACCGGAGCCAGGAGAGAAUGCCUCGGUUUAUGGCCGGGGUCACUGCGAGAACACCCACUCGACUGUCUCCUCCUUCACCCAUGAACAAGACUUUCACACGGGACAGUCCCACAGCAGCAUUCACUCCUUUUGAAACCCAAAGAAACAGUGUUAUUAGCACAGCACUGAAAGAAUGGAGAACAGAUGAGAUGCAAUGGCAAGUCCACACUCUAGAAGACAUUCAGAGGUCUCUGGAGGAUGAUUAUGAUUUCCGGAUGUCGUGUCUGAUGGAAGAGCAAGAGAGAGAGCAACUGCACCUGAGUCAGGAGUCGGAGGAGUGGGUCAGGAGACUGAGGGGUCAGGGUGGUCUGAGUCCUGUCGCGGGCGAGGACGGGUGUGAAUUCAGGGUAACUGGUGAACGUUACACUAUACUGAGCCCCAUGUGCCUUUUAAGCCCAGGAGACAGAUCACCAAGACACCCCGUGCCAACCACUGGUUUCCCUUCAACCAGUUUAGAUGUGGAAUCACCACCAAUACAGACUCCCAUUUACAUGAGAGGCCUGAAUCACAGCACAGCAAAGAGAAACAGGCUGAGUCAGGUUGUGACAGCGGAGCAGCAGAGGGCACUGUGUCACCUCACUGCUAUUGUGAAGGGCUUCCUCAUCAGACGACUGCUGAAAACAGAGAAAGUCAAACACCUGCGGCAAACCAUACAAGACACGCUAGAGUUUAUACGUUCAUUCAUCACUGAAGCUCCUCAGAGGAACGACUCUCUGACAGAGCAGGAUCUGUCUCUGCAAGAGCGGGUCAGAGCUCAGUUACGUGCGGCCUUAUUUGACAUUCAUGACAUCUUCUUCACAUGGUCUCCAGAGGAGCGUCUGUCUCUACUGCAGCAAGACCGAGAGCUGCUCACCGAGAGAAAACUCCGAGAGAUGGAAAAAGCAAAAAGCCCCAAGGACAAGGUGAUUAUAUCUGCUGCUACUCAGAAAUCUCUUGAUAGAAAGAAAAGAGUCGGUGAAUCUCCAGGUCAGACCAGAAGAGCUCAGAAAACCAAGAGUCCUCCUACAAAAAGGAGUUACAAGAAGACUCCAGAGGAAAGAGUUCAGCAUUCUGAGAGGCUGAAGAAACAGCAUUCACUGGGUUGACCUCAUAUACAGUUAUGAACAGAAUAUGAAAAAUAAUAUUGUGCUAAUUAUACUUCUAAAAAUACUCACUUGCUAGCCUGCCAUCUCAUUGAAUUAUGACUAUUAAAUAUCAUUGGUAUCUAGUUCCUCCCAUUCUAUUCUACUACAUACCACAUAUGAAUAUAGAAUUAGAUAUUAUUUUGUUUCUUCUAGGUUACAAAACAAAUUAUAAUCCACAGUUAUACUAAAUUACCCUUGUAGAAAUUAUUACAAAUUCUGUAAAUGUGGGACUACCUGUUUUCCAAAUAAUAGAAGCCUGCACUGAUAAAGAGAAAAGUUAAUGCUGCUUUAAUGCUACAAAUUCAUAUGAAAAUGUCAGAAUGUUGACAGAAUGUGAAAUAAUAGAAUAAUACAUCUCUGUGAAAGGUACAGGCAUUUCUCCAGAAGUUAAUAGAUUGUAUUUGAUCCACUAAC